AUGGCAAUGCAAGAUGAGUUAAAUCCGUUUGUUAGGAAUGAUAUUUGGUACCUUUUCCCUAGGCCAUCACACUAUAAUGUUAUAGGUACCAAUUGGAUUUUCAAGAACAAAAUUGAUAAACAAGGAAAUGCUGUAAGAAAUAAGGCUAGGUUGGUUGCUCAAGGUUACACUCAAAUGGAGGGAAUUGAUUUUGAGGAAACCUUUGCCCCAGUUGCAAAGUUAGAGUCAGUUAUUAGUCUACUACUAGCCAUUGCUUGUCACUUAUAG